AAAGAAAUGGCUCGGAACAUAUUAGACCCCGAGAGAAAGGAGCGCAAGAGGCUCCAGAAUCGAUUGAACCAAAGGGCACGUCGAACGAGCAGAGUGGAAACACGAAGGGCCCGAGACAGCCGUAUCGGGUGCAUCGCUGGCGACUUGAGGAUCAAUCGCCUCGAUCUGCACAGACCGCACCAGAUAUGACCAGUAGACCAUGCGGUCAUCGCCUACUAGCCGUUAAGACCUACUGGAGUUCAAAGCCCCCAUCCGACGAGAAACACAGCAUAAACCUAGAAGUAAACACCAGCAUAAUCCAACACGCUGCCAACCUUACAAUCAGCGGGAAAAGCUCCCCAUCCGCCGACCACCUCCUCCACCUAAUCUACUACAACGUCUUCCGCGCCCUCUAUCGAAACAAAGAGAUCCUAUCGCAGACAGCAAUAUCUCUAGUCCCGGACCACGACGACCACCCCAAGAUCCUAAGCCCCGCCGACUUCCCCAGUUACGCAGUGACAUUCCCCGCGACGUCCGAUCUACCGGGCUGCCUUGCUCCGACUGAGUUGCAGAUGAACCUGACGCAUUCCACAUGGAUCAGCGUGCUUCCGUUCCCGCGGAUGCGAGAGAACCUGGUCCUGUGGGAUCUGUGCUAUGAUCAUUCUGAGAUGGUGAACGAUUUGGUCGGGGACCUUGUCGAUGGGAAGAAAUAUCGGUCUUCGGGGAUGGUUCAAACACCACCGUCCCCGUCCCCGUCCCCGGAUGGAACUGGUCAGUUGGUGAUAUCUGAAAGCGAGGACGACGAGGUUACCACGUCUCGCAACGGCCUAAUCGUCUGGGGAGAACCGUAUCGGAUGGAGAGCUGGGAGGUCACGCCGGGUUUCCUGCGCAAGUGGGCGUGGGCUGUGGAGGGGUGCGACGAGCUGAUUCGCUCGAGUAAUCGAUGGAGAAUGAUUAGAGGUGAAGGGCCGCUGACUGCUAGUUGAGAUUGAAAGUCCGUCUGCAGCGAUCGGCCGACUGUGGUCAAAGUACGAAGUACGCAACUGGCCGGUCUCUUGUUUGGGCUGGUAUUGAUGAGGCAGACUCAUUCAGUGUAUAUGCUGACGAGUGCUUCUGUAUCGCCAUCGGGUCGGCAGGUCGCACGAGUCAAUGAAUCCCACGCCCCAAGCCCCGAUGCAUGGAACUAUCCUAUCGCCAUGUUUA